UGUAUUGUACACGUCGUGCCGCUCUUCCCCUAAGUUGUCCUGUGAUGAAGCAACCAGCUACUACAGCGGGACCUACUGUCAUAAUGACAAUAUCUGUUUUCGGAUAUUUUAGAGAAGACUGUUUUGUUUUAUACAAUUCGAACUCAUGAAUUCACUGGCCACUCGUGAUAUUUUAUAACGUCAUGUAGCGUUAGAUAUUCCGAUCGUUGAUAAAAAGCAGAUAAUCCGUUUGACUAAGGAGCCUUGUCAAAACUCCCGUUUGUUUGUACGAUAUUUCACUCGAUGGUGCCCAUUUAUCGACGGUGAAGAUGAUGGACCGUACUGUUUUAUAGGACUCUGGUGAAAAGGAACAUCGGGGAGAUUUCCAGAUGGGAUUCCGAAUGAUAUUCAAUUACAGAUGGCACCGCUGUGCCCUGUGGUGGAUAAUAUAGGAGAGGUAUCGAUGGCAAUAAUUGACCCCUCGCUACACCUAAACUGCACAGCUGGAAAAAUUCUCGGAAGCUCUGCUCAAGCAAUUUUCUGUGGAAAUGACUUUUUCCAUGGCCAUUUUGUAAAAUUACUUGAUAUCCGUGUAUUUGAUGGUGGAUAUAGAUGAAAGGUGAUGCUCCCUGCUGAAAGCCUUUUCGUGUGAUGUACGGAGCAUGUACUUAGGAAGGUUUGUUGCUGUAGAGACGGGAGAUAAAGAUGACGAUGCUUUAGGAAACAGGCCGACAACGAUAAAUUGUGUGUGUGUGUAUACACGAUGUACAUGUUAUUCAUACAAAAGCGUACUUAGGCCCCGACAUAAUUGUCCAGUUUGUGUAUUGCAACACCACACUUGUGAUUUCCUGUAUUGUGUAUUGAUAGAAUGACGCAAAAAACGAUUAAUUUCUAAUUGUGUACUUGGAAAACCAACCUAUAUAUGUAUCCUGGAAACUCUGAUAUUUCACAACAAACUGUGGUCUUCCGCGGUACGGAUGUCUCGUUCUCAACAUAUGCAGGUAACUGUACAGAUCAUUACAACAACCGAUUUAUAAUAGCUCAAACACCUGACACCAUAGACAUACCCGCUCACAGCCAUGCUACUCGUUGCUGCAAAGUGUCUAGGAGGGCGUAUGUGGAUACUGCCUAUUCUCACCUUUAUCUGGAUUUUUGGGUCAUGUGUUGUGACGUACGCGAUUGCCGUGGCCAAUAACCACACGUUUCCGGAUUUCCCAUAUAUCAGCUAUACUGGAGUAAAGCCUCCCGAGCGAGGAAUCUUCACAAUCACCAUUGCUACAGGGGCAGUAUUUCUUGCCGCUAAUGCCGAGAUGCAGUAUCUUUUUAUCAAGAAGCUCUUAAUGCAAUACCGCCCCGUAGAAUCCUUUAAUCUAAAAAGAUGGUUGAACACCAACCGAGCAGGACUAAUUCUUGGAAUGGUUUCCGGUUUGGGCUUACUUUUUGUGGCCUGUUUUCAGGUAGACACGAUGAAGCCGCCUCAUUACGCAGGCGCAUUCCUGUGCUUUGGGGCUGGCAUGGUGUACGCCUGGGUCCAAGUCGUCAUCACGUGGAAGAUACGUCAGUUCGACGUCAUACAGCAGCAAGGCAGGCAGCGGUUCUUGGCAGCACAGAUCAGCCAAAUAGUGACCAGUGUGUUAUCUACAAUUCUUUUCGUUACGUUUGCUGUCUCCAAGACUAAGUACAACAAGGCCCGAGAUGCAGGACUCGGAACCAAAUGGGACACACUACGCCCUGUGUUCCUGGUCUCUACAAUAUCAGAAUGGCUACUGACAUUAUCAGUAACAUUGUUCCUGCUCACAUUCAUACCAGGCUUCCGCAUGUUCUCAAACACGCGCAUCGAAAUCGACUUCAAUCCUGUUAAUGACGGUGCACGUGUAGAGAAUAGAAACGGAGAACAUAUCGUUUUGGUGGACAAGGUGGAAGCCCCCCAAAAUGGGACGUGAUUCAUUCAGACUUAAUCUUGGGUUUUAGAUUUAUUUGAUAAAUAUUUGAUAUGUUGCUCUUUUGGCAGUUUGAUCUUAUGUCGGUGAUAAUUUACAUGUGUAUAACUGGUUAUGGAUUGUGAUGCCUUACUUGUCAAUAUAAACCCAGAGUUUUCUCUGAUUCCUACACCAGACCCUGUCUGUCAUUGUCUAUCAAAAUGAUAGCCAUCUGGUAGGAGACAGAGAAAAGUCGGGCUACCAUAAACACUGCCUUGAUUAGUCAUGUAUAUCUGUUGUGGUCUAUGUUUUGAUAAAAUCGGUUUCAUCAGGCAGGGAUACUGUAUUGUAAUAACCUGCAACAUUGCACCAAAUGUCACGAACAAGGGGAGAUAAAUGCAGUUAUCCGUUAUUUUUUAAUGUUUCAUUGCUGUAAAAUUAUUUGAAAAUGUCUUAAUCUACUUGAAGAUACAAGAUUUUCUCAGAAACCCAGCUAUCUACCUCUUGAAUCGUCUCAUGUUUUAUCACAAACAGUAUGACUGAGAAACGGUUGGAUUGUACGUUGAAUUACACAAUAGGAUUAGCUUUAACCGAGUUAAGGGAAUCCGGUAGUUCCAUUUGUAUAACUAUAAAUACAUGUAUGGUGUUGUUUUAUAUUUUUAUUAGUUCCGGUGGUCAGUGUGCUAUCAAAUGUUUUAUAUUUUUAUAUGAAUUAUGACCACGUGUAAGAAUAAACGAUUUCUGUGUUAUUACAUAAUGAUCAUCAUUUAAUAAGGACAUGUAUCUGUGUGAACUCUAAAUUGAGGGGAAUCUUUAGCCAUUUGCAAUUUAUUAGUGGUCUUACAGUACAGACCACAACAAUCACGUGGAGGGUUAAGAAAACAACUGAAUUCACAUUUCUUUCGUCUGUUAUUGUAUUACAUACAGCAGCAGUUCUUUUUUAAAUUACGAAAAUAUAUUUUAAGAAUCUCUUAAAUCAUACAGAAUACUUGUAUAUAUGUCUGUAUAUGUCUUAAUGUUUCAUUCGACAAACACAUAAAUACUAUUCAUCUCUGUCGUUGUCCGCCUCCUUCAAUGCCUUAUAAACAUUUGAUUAAAGUACCCAUUUUGUAGUAAUCGUGAGAGAGAUAGGGAUGGAGAGAGAGAGAG